AUGGCAUACAAAAUUCGUCCUUUGCCUUCCCUCCAGCAUGGUGUACUCUCUCCCGAAGUUUGUGCCAAGGCAUUCUUUUCGACAACGACCGGCGACACGCUGAGGAACCAUUUCGAGGAGCCAGCAGAUGCCAUGAUGGCAAGGAGUUCGUCCUUCCAGUCUAUCUUGCAGCCCACCAGAUAUCAACCUUCGGGGGUUGACAGUGGCAUGAGGCGCUCGAUGUGUACAUACCACUCACACUUCAUCCAGCGCUCUCUGGAUGCCUGGGGCCCCACCAAUGAGCUGCGUGAGCUCUACAAGCAACAGGCACGCGGGGCAGGAGCCAAUGCCCCGAAGCCUCCCUUGAGCUCUGUCACCACGACCCGUUCCUCCUACCCUGUCUAUGAUCCCGAAGCGGCCAGCGCAGCGGCAGCCAAGAACCGGAAGCCAAGCGUGGCCGUCCAUGUGGACCCGGGAGCCAAAUUCAUGGAGCACCAGUCUGUGCUGCAUCGCGACUUCUCCCGAUUCGAUCGACAGCAGCUGCGGAGGUGUCAGAUGCAAGCCGCGCCGCCACCCCGCGAGGCGAAGCUGGCUCCGCCCCUGUGCCCAGACCAAGCCAGCCGCUUCGAAGGUGUGACCCAGUACCAGCGAGAUUACGCGAGGAGAUGA